UUGUGAUAGUUUGUGCCAUUUAAAUAUGGCUGAUUGGCUAUAAAACUAUUUUUAAAAUACUCUAGCCUAGCGUCCUUGGUUACCGAUGAUCCAUGUUAUAGUAAGUUGUCAAUAAUCGUGAGAAUGUCAACACUGUGACCACAGCAUGGAGAAUAUCGCACCGGUAUUGAGGAACGGUGAAGAUGAAACCCAGUAGCCGUGAAAAAGACAGUGUUUUAAAGGAAUAAAGAAGAUGGAUGAAGUGACGAAAAAGCUAUUAUCAGGACACACUCGGAUAGAGCAGAUACCAGAAAUUCCGGCGAGAACCGUUCGAAUUUUUCUAAACUUCGCGGCUGAAGACAGCGUGACAGAGAGAAACGCUAUUGCUGAGAAAGUUUACCCCGAGCUCCGAGACUAUUGCCGACAGAAAUAUGGGGUGGAGUUUCAGCUGGUGGACCUAGACUGGGGCUCUGACCCAAACUGUGUCAAUUUGGACCAGACGUUCUAUGACUUUAGAUUGCGUGAACUCCGAAGAUGUCAAAUUCUCUCAGCCGGACCGAGCUUUUUGGCAUUCAUAGGACAACGGUACGGCAAGGCUUGUCUUCAGUCCUCAAUACCAGCCGAGGAGUUCGAACUUCUGAGGAUGUGGCUUCAUAACCAAAAGAGUCGAGACACAAGGACAGCACCCCUAUUGGAUGAUUGGUACACUAAGGACUACAACUCUCUGCCUCCAGUCUAUUUCCUCAAAGACGCUGGAAAAGGAAUUCCAGCACUUUUCUCGAAAGAUCAUUCUGAAUUCAACGAAGGGCUAGAAAAAUGGAGAGAAAUUGAAGAAGAAAUGAUGAGAUUGCUUCACAAAGCAGCGGAUGCCUGCUACCUUCAGGGCCUUAUCGAUGAGGGAAUUAAACAAAAAUACGUGUUGUCAGCGACUGAUAACCUAAUGGUCAUGGGAAUAGAUGAAUUAUCAUCACCACAAAAUCGUUGUUUGAUUGCUUUUCGGGAAAUUGCUGAUCUGAAAAAUUAUGUGGACGAUCCAUUAGCAAAAAAGUAUGCGGAUAUAUACUAUAACGAAAGAACAGAACAAUUCGAAAUAGACCCAGUUUCUACCCAUCUGAUAAAAACGAUGUCAGAGCGAUGUACAAAAUUAGUCACUGCCAAGAACACAACAUUUUACAGCGUUUUAUGGCGUUAUGAUGACGUCAUCAGUCCAAAACACCAUAAAGAAUAUUUGACCAAUCUGUGUUCUGACUUGUCGUCAGCUUUGAAAGAGCUGAUUGACAGAGAAGUCCCGAAAGUUGUGGUUGAUGAAAAAGAUGAACUUUACGAUGAGUGCCACCAACACUGGUUAAGGUGCAAACACAUAUCUGCAGAUUUUUUCGGCCGUGAUUUGGAAUAUGGGAAACUUGUUGAAUAUCUUCGUGGGGAGACGAACCAACCUAUGGUAAUUCAUGGCCCUGCGGGCGUUGGAAAAACGUCUCUGAUGAGCAAAGUCGCCUCUCAGGUGCACGACAUAAUGGCGGCUGACAAUAUUUGUAUAAUUAAGUACGUGGGAUACACUCCGAAAAGCACAGACAUCCGGAAUUUAUUAACUUCAGUCUGUACGCAAAUUCUGGUGGGAUUAAAACGAGACCACGCGUCUGUUACUCGGGACUUUAAAGAACUGCAGAAGUUCUUUCUAUCUCUUUUACAAUCAAUCCCAGAAAACAAAACAUUAGUGCUUUUCUUUGAUGCCAUUGAACGAAUUCUCCCCGACCAUAAUGCACAUUUGUUGACCUGGCUUCCACAAUCUCUGAAGUCAAAUGUGAAAAUCGUUCUCAGCGUCAAUACAGGGGACAAUGCAAUCGCGCAAAAAUUAUGCAAUGAUGGCACCAAAAGCUCUCAAUACUACGUAGACUUGAAACCACUGUCGGUGACUGAGGCCGAUGGCUUGUUAUGUUACUACCUCAGCCGUUAUGGUCGCACGCUGUCAAAGCAACAAAGAAGUGCAUUUACCAAUAUAUUCCAAAAGUGUUCACAACCUCUGUUUGUGUCCUUGUGUGCUGAAAAGUGUAAAUGUAUUCAUUCUAGCGAUUCUAUUGACACUGCCGACUUCUGCACAAAUUUCGAUGACGCCAUCAGUGCCAUGUUUACAGCCUUGGAGAAGAUGCAUGGCUAUGAGCUGGUUUCUAGGUCCAUGUCUUAUUUAGUAGGAUCCGUUACUGGGCUCAGUGAUUGCGAAAUGGAAGACUUGUUGUCAUUGGACGAUUCUGUGACCAGUACUGUGUACACCAAUCACAAACCGUCUCUUUGGAGAAUACCCCAUAGCAAAUGGCUGCGAUUAAAAGACGACAUAGACCGCUUUCUAGUUCAAAGGGAAGUGGACGGAGUGACUGUAUAUCGGUGGAAAGACGAACAAUUCGAUCAAAAUGUUAAAGCAAGAUAUCUAAGUGACGAGUCAAAGUCGAAGGAAAUAUACUCUUUGAUCGCAGACUACUACUUGGGUAUCUGGCAUGGGAAACCCAAACCGCUCUCAAAUAAUGGGAAACAGACGAAAAGCCAAUCAUUUGAUCGGCAGGUACCAUCACAACCCCUUACUUUUGACUGCAAUGGGCAGGUUCGGUUUAACAGGAGAAAAUACGACCAAGUUCCCCGCCAUUUAUACAAUGCCGAACGUUUAGAGGAACUCAAUCGUCUUGUUUUGUUCAAUUACGAAUGGAUCUACAACAAAAUUAAGGCCUUGUCCCUGCAACACAUCAUAGCAGACUUUGCGUUAAAUCCCAGCAAUGAAGCUUCCCUUGUUGAGGAAGCUUUAAGAGUCGCUGAGCAGGUCAUUGAGAAAGACAUCGACAAUAUGGCAUCUGAAAUAUCAGGCCAUCUGCUGCCUUACUACCAAUCUCAUCCAAACAUUCGUGCAUUAGUGCACCAGUGUGAUACAGCUGGAUUGAAACAAUGUGCCUUGAUACCGAACUUCCCCUAUCUUCAGAUACCAGGAAGUUCUCUACAGUUUGCUUUACAGUGCUGUGCCCCAAUGGAAUACUUUAGUCUUAUUGGCGAUGAGCGUUUACUUCUGACUAAAGAACGCGAAAGUUCCUUUGUGCAUAUUUUUGACGUUGUUCUUGGAGAGAAGAAGUCCAGUGUUUUUGCUUCUAAUGGUGCUCUUUACGUGACUCCAAACGGCAGAUACUUUAUCAUUGUUGACCAUGUCACAGAAAAGGCCGUUAAAGUUCACAACGCAGAUAGUGGGGCUUACAUUGGUCAACUGAUCGUGCUGAAUCACAUAGAAUUGAAACCAAAAGAGAAAUAUAAAUUGGGGUCAAUUUGUCUCACAAACGACCGAGUAUGUGCCAUCGUGAGCACUGACAUAAGCUACCUCUGCAUCGCAAACAUCGAAACUUGUCAGUUUCUACAAAUUAUUGGUCUUGAUGGGAAAUGUGAUGUUUGUACCAUAUCGCAUGAUGGAAAAUACGUGUUCUGCAAUUCCAAUGAAUUUCUGUUUACUUACAAUUUGUACACAUUAGAACUUCUGUCAACGUUUUCCAUAGGAUUUCGGCCAAGUUGCAUAAUUGUUAGCAAAGACGGCUUGAGAGCUUAUUUGACAAAUAACAUUGAAACAAAGCUAAUGAUACUUCAUCUGAACCAUGGCAAAGUGGAAAUGGCGUACAAGAGUGUUUUAGACAAAUAUAUGCCUGAAGACACAAUCAUGGAUCUGCGAGUUUCUCCUAAGGACGACAUGGUUCUUGUUCGGGGACUGAACAACAUCGUUGUCUACAAUAGAUCCAAAGAAAAAGUCUUGGCAUCAUUUAAGCGACCAGUAGACGUUCCAAAAGAAUUCAAACUUCCCAGAAGCCACUACAUUGAUCUGUUCUUCACAAACGCAGAGUUUACGCAUGGCGGUAAAUUUGUUAUUGCAACAAUCUUUAGAAAUAUCUACCUCUGGAAUGUUGCCACUAACGAACUAGUGACCACUAUUCAAGCUCCUGUAGGAAUAGUAAAGGAAAUGCUAUAUUCUCCCAAACGCAGUCUUCUGAUUACUCACAUUGAACAUUGUCAUGAAAUUCAGGUGUGGAAUCUUGACGACGCUGUGAAACCAGUUAAUUUGCUGGAUAAAUUAACGGGACCAAUCUCAGAUAUUCAACUCACUCAAGAUGGAGAAACUGCCUACGUGAUGUGCAAAGGUAGUGAUGAGAUCGGUGUCAUCGAGAUGAGGAGUGGUAUAAUGGUGGAUCUCCUUACACACGAAAGUCCUGUAGUCAACUUUGCUAUCACACCAAGUGGUGAUUAUGCCCUGGUAUCUCUUGAACCGAAGAAAAAGGACAUUUGUACCAAACUUUGGAAUCUGCAAGAGAGACAGGUCAUCAAAGAAUUUGGUAAUGCUUCAGGUUACUGCAUCUCACCACACAAGAGCAACUUUAUCUUGUUUGUGUCUCAGCAAGAAGUUGCUUUUAAAGCGCCCUACUUCAUAACCAUGUUCCAGAUGAGCGAUGGUGAAGUCGAAGAGUUUACUCAUCCUUUGGCCUUGCGGUUUGUUUUGGAGAAACCUUUCCUGACUAGCAAUGAUAAAUACUUGAUUGUUCUGACCGCACAUGAAUAUCACGAAUCUCGAGAUGAAUAUGAAACACCAACCAUAUGUACAUUUUCAAUGGACGAAGAGAUGAAAGUCUCGUACUUUACACCAGACAGUUUUCGAGAUUCUAUCCUGAUUGACUCCAUAGUGGACAUGCAGCCAUGCUUUGACAAUCCGUACACGAUUGCUGUAAUGUAUAGGUCAAAAGAGAUCCUCGACUACAAUGAUAAUAGUCCCUUCGGAGGACUUGGUGGCGGAGCCAGAUACGGGUUUAUGAUCCUUGACAUCUGCAGUGGUUCUGUGGUCACGAUCUGUGAUCCAUUCUUAGUACCAAGCUUCAAACUCAAAAGAAAACUUUUAUUUGAUGAAAGCUACUCCUUCUGUCUGGACGACCAAUCAAAUGUCUUCGACCUACGUGAAGGCUGUUAUAUUGGGCAAUUACCAAAACAAAAUUCUCCACCCCGAGUUAUUGCUUUGAAUGGAACUGUAGUUAUUUAUUAUGACAGAAGUGUACUGUCUGCGUACCGUCUUAGUUCCGGUGAAAUAAUCGCACACUGCGACGUCCAUUCAAAUAUUUGUUGCUUGAAACUCAGUAGAGACCAAAGAACAUUGGUUGUUGGAUGCGAAGACGGUUCUAUCGCUUCUUAUGUCUUGAUAGAUCCAAGAGUAGAGGACCCGGACACAGUUCUUGAACAUCUCGGCAGCAGACAAUUAACGGAACCGAAAAUUGUUUCGGGGCGUCGCAGUUCUAUUCCUUGGGACAAAGUUGAGGAGGGUGGCAGUGCACCCCAGUCAAGACCAGUGUCUGCCAUUGCGACAGACAAAACGGAUAAAAUAAUACUAAAGGAGAUUGAACCUGCCCCUGCCUUUAGACCGAGUUCCGACACACUGAUGUACUUGAGUACAAAGUCCAAAGCAUGUUCUAUUAUGUAAAACAUUCAGAGAAGAAUUUUGCUCCCUAAUGACUUUUUUAUUUAUCAAUAUAGUAAAAUUUACUAUUAGUCAAAAGUAGUUUGUCUUAAAUAUAAUUAUUUAUCUGUACAAUGUAUUUGUUGUAUCCAAAUGGCCAAACAAGUGUCUGUGAUCUAUAAAUAAGUGCAGCAUAUUUGUUUCUUUUAUGUGUAUGUUUUUUAUGUUUAUUGCAAAUGUAGCUGUAAUGUAUUUUUAGGUACACAAUUAAAUAAAUUUUUCAAACC